CUUCAUCUUCACAACAAAAUUCGAACUUUCCAAUUGGCCCAAUUCUUCUUCAUCCCCCGGAAUCACCCAUCUUCUCUGAAAUAUGUCUGGCCGCGGAAAGGGAGGUAAGGGAUUGGGAAAGGGAGGAGCAAAGCGUCACCGUAAGGUUUUGAGAGACAAUAUUCAGGGCAUUACAAAGCCUGCAAUCCGCCGUUUGGCUCGUAGAGGUGGUGUGAAGCGUAUCAGUGGAUUGAUCUAUGAAGAAACCAGAGGGGUUUUGAAGAUCUUUCUUGAGAAUGUGAUUCGUGAUGCUGUUACUUACACCGAGCAUGCAAGGAGGAAGACCGUGACGGCCAUGGAUGUGGUUUAUGCCUUGAAAAGGCAGGGGAGGACUCUGUAUGGCUUUGGAGGUUAAGUUGUCGUUCGGUUGCAAGAAUGAUUGUAGAUCUUGGCUGUUGAACUGGGUUCUCCAAGGCGUUACUGGUUUUAUAGAUUUAUAUUGUGCUCGUCUGUUCUUAAACUUUUGAGAUAAUGAAUUAGAGAAUUAUGACCUCUUAAUA